UAUAAACUUACGUUUCUUCAGACAAUAGUUUUUCUCUCUUUCCGCUUGUUUUUCUUUCUCUCCUUCGCCUAUCAACGGUGAAAGAGAAAGAAAGAAAAAAACAGAAGAAAACCCAAAGUAUUAGAUCUGAUCGUCUCAUCUAUCUAUACAUCAAGAUGCAGUCGACCAGCGGUACUGAUCUGAACUCGAAACAAGAACAAGAACAACAACCGCAGUGGGUGGCGGGCCAGUGGAUGGGAGCCAUGCAGUACCCGACAGCGGCUGCGAUGGCAAUGAUGCAGCAACAGAUGAUGAUGUACCCUCACCAUUAUAUGGCUUACAACAAUCCUCAGUUCCAGUACCAACAAUAUCAACAGCAGCAGCAAGGUAAACACCCGUACCAGCAGCAAAGCUACUCGCAGAAGCAGCAAGUGUCUAACUCGGAUGAGGUCAAGACGAUCUGGGUUGGCGACCUUGCUCAUUGGAUGGAUGAAACUUAUCUUCAUAGUUGCUUUUCUCAAACUGGAGAGGUUUCUUCUGUAAAGAUUAUACGCAAUAAGCAAACCGGUCAGUCUGAAGGAUACGGCUUUGUGGAAUUUUACUCACGGACUGCAGCGGAAAAAGUUUUGCAAAGUUAUAAUGGUUCUUUAAUGCCAAAUACAGAACAGCCUUUUCGACUCAAUUGGGCUUCAUUCAGUGUGAAUGAAAGGCGACCUGAAAUGGGUUCUGAGCUGUCUAUUUUUGUAGGGGAUUUGGCUGCAGAUGUAACUGAUACGAUAUUGCAUGAAACCUUUUCUAGUAGAUUUCAAUCUGUCAAGGGAGCAAAAGUUGUUAUCGAUUCAAAUACAGGUUGUUCAAAAGGUUAUGGUUUUGUUAGAUUUGGUGAUGAAAAUGAAAGGUCAAGGGCUAUGACUGAAAUGAAUGGUGUAUAUUGCACAAGUAGACCUAUGAGGAUCGGUGUUGCUACUCCCAAGAAAGCAUCUGGAUAUCAGCAACAGUAUUCUUCACAAGCUGUGGUAUUGGCUGGUGGACAUGCAGCAAAUGGUGUUGUAGCACAAGGUUCUCAAUACGAUAAUGAAUCCAAUAAUGCUACCAUAUUUGUUGGAGGACUUGACUCUGAUGUUACUGAUGAAGAUCUGAGACAACCUUUUUCCCAGUUUGGUGAGAUCAUCUCUGUCAAAAUACCAUCCGGAAAAGGAUGUGGGUUUGUGCAAUUUGUGAACAGGAAAAAUGCUGAGGAAGCAAUCCAAAGUUUGAACGGGACAACCAUAGGCAAGCAGACUGUCCGUCUUUCUUGGGGUCGCAAUGUAGGAAACAAGCAGUGGAGAGGCAAUUCCAGUAACCAGUGGGAUGGAGGAUAUUACCAAGGGCAAGGGUAUGGUGGUUAUGGUUACGGGUAUGGUAUGCCGUCAAAUCAGGAUCCGAGCACGUAUGCUGCUGCUGCAGCUACUAUUCCUGGUGCAUCUUGACAGGGGG